CGUGACGUUUAUCAGCGAGCAUAGGCCUGAAGAGAGUGGAACGCGACUAACCGGCGUUUCUUCGCCGGUUGACAACCGUAUUCAGGAGAAAAUGGAGGAUGAGAGAGAAAGACUGCCUCAAGCGCACGAACAUGGAUCAUCAUUGGUGGAGUCAAUGAUCCAAAAACUCGACCCGCACCCACAUCCUCAUCAUUCGACGAGCGCCAUGCCGGAACAAGGCGAUCGUGGGCGUCCAACAUCCGCCGAUCAGGGGAUAUUUGCUAUUCCACUUCAAAUAAUGUCUCCGGCGCACCAGGAGCUUCAGAGAAGUGUUCUUGACAUUCUCGAAAAUGAGUCCUUGGCACAACAGCAAGCAAGAACAGCAGAGGCAGCUGAUGAUUCAUCUCCGACACGCUCGACGAAUAACGCGGCUUCUGUGGAGGUUGGCAUGUCGAAAGCACAGGACGAUGAAAAAGCGUUGAAUCAGCUGCACGAGGCGAGAAGAAAGCAAGAACUGGCAGAGUUGGAGGCUUUACGGUCCAGAGAAAUCGUGUCUAAGCUAAGCAGUUCUGGACGCGAUCUCAAUAGCGAUGACAGCGAAAACACAGAGAAUCAAUUGCUAUCGGAGUCUGGUGUGCAAGUCGUGGAGAACGAGCGAGACUCAAGAGACACAGAAGCAAGGACUUCGAUGAUGGAGCAGACUACCUCGGCUGCUGUGGUAGGACCAGUGAUUCCAGGGGCUACUGACACUAAGAGGAGCCAGGAGUUUGUGGACGGAGUGGAGACGCUAUCGGCACAACAGUCUGCGGGUUCCUUGAAUAGCCAAGAGGAAUUCGAUGCAGUUAAGGCAGUAGCUACGCCGCACAAUGCAGAUUCCCAAGAUGCUUCUGCGGUCGCGCAAGAAACCACAAAUGAAACUUCUGUGGGAACAGCGUGCCAAGAACUCAUGCAAGAGACGCACGACGCUCCUAGUAUCGACGUCGGAUUUCCACCUCUGUUGGUGAAGCGCGAGAUCCCUGUGGAACGCGGCUCAAUGUCUGAGACCAGUGUUCCAAGAAUGCAAGAUAUAGGGGCGGAGACGCCAGAUUAUGUAACACAGCGACUCGAUGCUGAGCCUCAGAAAGUGGCGCACGAGGAGCAGAGCAAUGACAGAACUGCAACUGGUCCUGUUCCUGGUACUGUGGCUCACAUUGGUCUGAGCUCCGCUGCCGGGCCAGGCGCAGAUCCAGCGGCAGUCGAAAAGAGAAGUUCACAAUCCGGGACAUCGAUUGCCUCUAGAGGCGACCGGAAAGCUGCGGAGAAGGUAGCGUCGACUGAUGUCGCGGCAGUGAGACGGUCCGCGUCGAAAGGGCAACGGGCAAGAAGCCGUACUUUGGGCAGCGAGUUUGUUGACGAGGAAGAGGAGGAGCAGCCGUCUGCUUCACAAUUGUCGGUUUAUGAUUCUUCGCCGAUAGAAGAAUCGAGCGGUACGUUGCGGACGACCGAACAAACGCAGUCGGGUGAUUCGCGAGUCGGAGCAUCAAAAGCUGACGGCGAAGCCACGUCGGGACUUUCCAGGCACGCACUGGAAAGUGAGCCGGCGACGAGAAGUACUGACCAAAAGUCAGUUGUGAAGACGGUGCCGCCGCAUGCGGCGGAUAGUACCUCCUCCACGAGUCCACCUAUAGUUAGUCCUUCAACCGAAUCCGGCGUUCGCAUGCAUCGGAGUUUGGACAUGCGGGUCUUGUGUGGUCAAAAUGUAGAACAAUUGUGGCGCACGCGAGAACGUGCCGCUCUGCAUGAACGCGCACGAACCUUCCAUAGUAGGUCCGUCGGGUACGCAAAAGCUGCUGCCGCGAGUUUGCCGG